CGGGCGGGCUGCGGCGGGGCCGUGGGUGCCCUGGCCGGGCUGGGGGCGAGCGGGGCCGGGGAGAGGCGCCUCGAGACGCCCCUUCCGCUUCCCGUCGCCCAGCCUGCGAGCGGAGACCUUGGCAGUCCUUUGCUCUCCAGUGUCAAGAGAGCCUGUUCCUGUCAGUUAAUGAAGCCAUAAGGAAAUUUUUUUAAUUUAAAACUUUGCCACAAUGAGGUUCUGCCACAUCUGCAAACUUCCCGGAAGGGUGAUGGGGAUCCGAGUGCUUCGUUUCUCACUGGUAAUUGUCCUGGUGUUGCUCCUGGUGGCUGGAGCUUUGACCACUUUGCUCCCGAAUAUCAAAGAGGACAAGAUGAUCACUUUGCGGAGGGAGAUCAAGUCCCAGAGCAAGUCUGACGAGGACUCCUUCACUCUCGUCAUGCAGACUUACAACAGGACUGAUCUCCUGUUGAGACUCUUAAACCAUUACCAGGCUGUACCACAGCUGCACAAAGUGAUUGUCGUGUGGAACAACAUUGGGGAGAAGGGGCCAGAUGAAUUAUGGAAUUCUCUCGGGCCUCACCCCGUUCCUGUGAUCUUCAAACUACAGACAGUCAACAGGAUGAGAAAUAGACUCCAGGCCUUCCCAGAACUGGAGACAAAGGCGGUAUUAAUGGUAGAUGACGACACAUUGAUCAGCGCCCAAGACAUUGCUUUUGCUUUCUCCGUGUGGCAGCAAUUUCCUGACCAAAUUGUAGGAUUUGUGCCUAGAAAGCAUGUCUCUACCUCAUCAGGCAUCUACAGUUAUGGAGGCUUUGAACUGCAAACUCCUGGACUUGGGAAUGGUGACCAGUACUCUAUGGUGCUGAUUGGAGCUUCGUUCUUCAGCAGCAGAUACCUUGAGCUCUUCGAGAGGCAACCUGCAGCCGUCCACGCUUUAAUAGAUGAGACACAAAACUGUGAUGACAUCGCCAUGAAUUUCAUUGUUGCCAAGCACAUUGGGAAAACUUCUGGGGUAUUUGUGAAGCCUGUAAACAUGGGCAAUUUGGAAAAAGAAACCAACGGUGGCUAUUCUGGAAUGUGGCAUCGCGCGGAGCAUUUUCUGCAGCGGUCUUACUGUAUAAAUAAGCUUGCUAAUAUCUAUGCUGGCAUGCCCCUGAAAUACUCUAACAUUAUGAUUUCUCAGUUUGGUUUUCCAUAUGCCAACCACAAAAGUAAAAUGUGAAAGUAAAAGAAAAGAAACAAGCAAAAAAAGAAACACAAACCGUCAAAACUGCUUAGAAUUUGAGUAGCUACUCCAUGCACGGGGUGUCUGGUAUUUUGCGUUUUUCAAGUGGCAUCAUGAACUUCCAUCUUCUCCUGAAGUCUCUACAAAGAAAAAAUCUGCAGCACUUCUUGGAUGUAAUACUCACCAUUAAUUUAAAAAACUGGAUGCUGGCAUUAACUGGGAAGGUCUUCUAGUGAGGAGUUUCAUCCAUAGACAAAACACCUCAAUCAGCAAUUUUCUUGUUUACAUUCUAAGAUGAGACUAUUGUACAAGUUCUUCAAUUCCCGGCAUUUGCCUUAAGGAUCUAUAGCAAGCUGUUCCCAGAACUAGAAACUCCAGAGAGGCAUUUCCCUGCGUUUUCUUUAAAGGAUGAUCUUAUUUUAAGCCUGAAAUGCAUCAUAAAGCAAAAGCCUCUGGUUUAGUGAAAAGUGGUCUGAGAAGAGAAGAGUGUCAAUCCCAUAUAAAACAAUCAUGCAGUUUAUGGCUACCGGUACUUCCCUUUGAUCUUUCCACCCAGCCCUUCUCAAGACUGACUCAGCCCAGCAUGGUAUUGAUGCUUCCAUCUGUGCUUUUAUUUUCACUGAUAAAUCUGUUGUGACUGGGAGGAUUUUUAGUAACUGAAAGAUGUCUAGUUGUUUGCUUGGUUUUUGUGGACGUUUAUUGCAUGGGUCUAAAAUAUUGAGCCUCUGUUUCUUAUGUGCAGCUUAUGCACAGGAAAGGGUAAAUGUGUUCCCUAGAUUCAGAGAGUACGUUUCGUCACUGAACCUGAAAUGAGGUUGUACAUUAAUUGUUAUAUUUUACCUAAGGUAUGCAUUGUUUUACAGAUAUAUAAAUAUCUUCUGAAAGAAUGAUUACAUAGAAAUCAUCAGAAGUGUCAAUAAACUCUGAGUCAGAAGAUCUUUAUUUUUAGAACUUAGGUUCUCACAGAUGAGUUGUGUGUGUAAUGUAACACACAAUUUAUAUAUAAUGAGUUGUGUGUAAUAUAUAUGUUGUUUUUAAGCUCCAAGACACUAUUCUCCAUGAUGAAUCUUUGGUACGUAAAUACGGAAAAAUUCACAGCUAAGUCAUAGCAAAAAAGUUCUAUAGGAAGGUUAGUAUCAGUUCAUCAUUAUUUCCCAUGCUAUGUAGUAAAGUUGUAGCUGUGUUCCAUACAG